GUUUUGAAUCAACACUUUCGAUCAUGGCUGCCGUAGACGUGGAAGAUGAGAGUAUCCUGGCCUCGAUCUUCAAAGACAGCUUUCCUGAGAACUGGAGCGAGAACCCGGACUUCGCGGCGUAUUUGUCGCAGCUGAGCUCGUGCGGUGUGGACGAGUUGAACCGGGAGCCCGAGCGUCUGGCGGAGGAGCGGGCGCAGGUCCUGCAGCAGACCCGAGAACUGGCCUUCACCAACUACAAGACGUUCAUCAGGACCGCGGACUGCACGCAGCACAUCUACGCUGACUUCAGCACGGUGGAGAACUGCCUCUCUAAACUACUGCACAAACUCCCCAGCUUUACUGAGAGAUGCGGAGGUUUUAUUAAGGAGGCAGAGGAGAUCAGCGUCAGCAGGCGUAUGAACAGCCUGACACUGAAUCGACACACUGAGAUCUUGGAGAUUCUGGAGAUCCCUCAGCUGAUGGACACGUCUGUGCGUAACGGAUACUAUGAGGAGGCGCUGGAGCUUGCUGCUUAUGUGAAGAGACUGGAGAAAAAACAUUCAUCACUUCCUGUCAUUCAGGGAAUUGUGCACGAGGUUCGACUGUCUGCUCAGCUCAUGCUGAACCAACUUCUUCAACAACUGCGUAGUAAUACACAGCUCCCGGUUUGCCUGCGCGUGAUCGGAUACUUGCGCAGAAUGGACGUUUUCACCGAAGCCGAGCUGCGUGUCAAGUUCCUGCAAGCCCGUGGAAGUUGGCUGCGCUCUAUUCUCGCCGCCAUCCCGGAUGAAGACCCUUACUUCCACAUUACCAAAACCAUCGAAACCUGCCGCGUGCAUCUCUUCGACAUCAUCACCCAGUAUCGCGCCAUAUUUUCAGACGAGGAUCCGUUGCUGCCGCCCGGCGGUCAGGCGUUGAACGAGAGCGCCAUCUUUCACGGCUGGGUGGUGCAGCAGGCGGCGCAGUUCUUGGAGACCCUCGAUCGGGACCUCCAGCGUGGGGUGGGAAGCCGUUUGGACUCUCUGCUCGGCCAGUGCAUGUACUUCGGGCUUUCCUUUAGCCGGGUCGGGGCGGAUUUCCGUGGCCAACUCGCUCCCAUAUUUCAGCAGGUUGCCAUGGACACGUUCCGGAAGGCUGUUCAGGAAGCGGUGGACAAGUUCCAAGAGGAUAUGAACUUGUACACGCUGAUUUCUCUGCCGUCCAUACUUGGAAGCACCAUUCCUCCGGCGGUCCCGAGCACCCAGCCGGGCACACUGCAGCCCCCCAUGGCCCUGCUGGAUUUCCCACCUCUAGCCUGCUUCCUCAAUAACGUCCUGACAGCCUUCAAUGACUUACGACUGUGCUGCCCUAUUGGACUCGCACAAGAAGUUAGCAGAUGUGUUGAGGAAGCCCUUAUUAAGGUGACCAAGCUGAUCCUGGUUUUCCAUCGAGCCGAGGAAUCUGCCUUCAGUAGCCGUGAACGGGAUUUAUUUGUUCAGUUCUGCAGUGCAUUUGCUGAAGACAUGGUGCCAUUCUUGAACCGAUGUUUACAAGUUCUCUUUCCUCCAGCCCAGCUUGCUCUCAUGCUAGGUGUCCCUCCAACCCAGGUUUAUAAGUAUGGCAGUCUUGGCUGCAUCAAUGUGAACACAGUUCUGGAGCCGCUGGAGUUUGUUCUGCCCCAGAAGGAGCCCGUGACCUCUAUCCUGGAGCUCUGCACUGAUCUGAGCAGCCUGACCACAGCUGAAUCAGAUCCCUCGACUGCACUCAAACCUGUAACACUUCAAGAAGAAAAGCCUGUCUUCUCUGAACGACAAGAGCCUGUGUCAGCAUCUGAUCCUCAUCUUUCUCAAAUUGAGAACAUUUCUGCUGAAGCGGUCAGUACAGAGCAAAACGACCCAAGCCAAGAGACUGAAAUGACCAUUGAUGAACAGGACUUGACAGGGCCAGAUGGUUUCUCCACAACAGAUAAUAAUGUUGAGGAGAUGUUGUCAAAAUAAAAAGCACUACAUGCAGUGUGUUUUUAGGGGUCCUAAAAAAAUUAAGCUUUGUUUUUAUAGCAAAUAACUAUCUGGAUAUACUUUUACCAGGGCUUGGUUCGCAUUUUUAUUUGCAACUUAAUUUUUUUGAUUAAUAAUGUAAUGUAAUUAAAAAUGGUAUAAUAUAUUUAAGUCGGGGGAAAAAAUAUGUUCUUUGAAUCACAUGUUUUCUACAAGUUACAAUGGUCCCAAAAAGUAUUGGGACACUUAAAGGCAGGGUAUGUGAUUUUUCAAAAACACUUUAGAAAACUGAUUCGGGCCGAAUAGCA